GUGGUUAUUGUGAAUUUUGUGGGUUAACCGCGGUGGGUAGUGGAUAACCACUAACCACAAAAAUCAUUAAUUUACUACCCACACCCAGCCCACUACCCACAAGUUCUGGGUAUGGUUACCCACAAUAGUUGCGGGUUGGUGCAGUUUGCGGAUUAUCCACAACCCGCAACCCAAACUUCCCCCCCCCCCCCCUAGUUUCAGCUGCUAAGGCAAGAGUGAUUGACACGAUGAAAGACGCAGGGCUUCGCACUAGAGAUGCUUAUUCAUACUUAGGCAAAGAAUAUGGAAGAGCUCAAAAUGUUGGAUUCUUGCAAAAAGGUUGUUACAAUCAUGUGGAUAGACAAAAGAUGGUGAAAAUUGAAGCAGGGGAUGCUCAAAGCGUGAUGAAUUGUUUCAAGAAGAAGAAAGCAUUAGACCCAAUGUUCUUUUAUGCCGUACAAGUCAACCAGAAGAAUUGUUUUACUAAUUUCUUUUGGCGGGAUGGGAGAUCCAGAAUUGAUUAUGAUUGCUUUGGAGAUGUUAUGAUAUUCGACACUACCUAUAGCACAAAUAAGUAUAAUCUUAUUUGUGCACCAUUUGUGGGUGUGAACCAUCAUAGGCAGAAUACAAUAUUUGGUUGUGCCUUCAUAUUAGAUGAGACUGUUGCAAAAUUUGGGUGGUUAUUCAAAGCCUUUUUAGAGUUGAUGGGAAAUAUAUCUCCUGUUACCAUCUUCACUGAUCAAGAUGCUACUAUGGCAAAGGCAAUCAAGGAGGUUUUUGAUGACAACACACAUCGUUUAUGCUUAUGGCACAUUAGCAAGAAUGCACCUUCUCGUUUUGGUGAUCUGAAUGGAGAUUCAGCGUUUCUGGAAUUAUGGAACAAGUGUUGUACAUGAUGCGAGCCAGAGAAAGAAUUUAAAGACACCUGGGCUAAAAUGGAUGAAAUAUAGGGCAUUGCAAGUAAUAGUUGGCUUAAUGGCAUGUAUGAAAUUCGAAGAAAGUUGAGCACAGUUUACAGUCAUGAUUACUUUUCUGCCGACAUCAGAUCAUCUCAGAGAAGUGAAAGUACCAAUAAUCUUUUGAAUGGUAUAGCAGAGAAAACCACAUAUCUUACUGAUUUCACUGUCCAGUUUGAUAAUCUAGUUGCAAAAUUGCCUUCAAGGGAGCAACAAGAGGAUAUUCGCUAUAAGCAAGGUACUCCACCAUUGAUGGUUAAACAUUCUGGUAUUUUAGCACAUGCUGUUGCCGUAUAUACCAUUACUAUGUACAUGGUGUUCGAGAAAGAAUUUCUAUCUAGCAUCGCAACUACAUGGACAGAAUCAAGUACUGAUGGGUCGACAUACACAUAUGAGGUGAAAGAAGAGGGGCGUAGUAGAGUUCGUACAGUGCAUUUCGAUAUGCAGAAGAAUGAGGUUUUAUGUUCCUGCAAGAAGUUUGAGGCAAAGGGGAUACUUUGUUGUCAUGCUUUAAAAAUUCUUAAUAUCACGAACAUUACGAAGCUACCCACAUACUAUAUUUUGAGACGCUGGACCAAAGAGGCAAAAAAUAGGAAUGAUGGAGUAUGAGAAAGAUCCAGCUUCUAUUAAAACCGAAGAAGCAGAAAUAGUUUGGCGAAGCUCUAUGAUGCGUAUAGCGAGUGGUUUCAUAUAUAAAAGUCAACAACAUGAAAACAUUAGGAAAAUAUGUCAAGAAAGUUUGUUGAAUCUUGAGUUGAAAGUCGAGCAAGAAUUAGCUAAAGUAGACAUGGGUAACCAUGUUGAGUAAGAAGGUGGCGAUUUAGAAGCAAAUGAAACCCCAGUACUAGAUCCUCCUCAAACUAAGUCAAAAGGAUCAAAUGGUAGAGUAAAAAGACACUUUGAGAAGCGUAAACCAAAACCAGGAAAAACUUCAUCAAGUAAGUAUUUCAUAUUUAGUGCCUCCUUAUUUGUUAGAAUUAUAAAAAAAAAAUUGUUUUAUUAAGAAACUACUAAAAGGGUGUUCCAGAGAAAAAGCCUCAAACAAAUGCACCUGAACAAAUCCAAAGGAACCCUGGUAGGACCCUACAUUGGCAAACUCUUCCACAGAUUCGUGUCAAUCUAACUUGUUACUGAUUCCAAUGGUUCUUUGGGUUUUUUUCCUGAAUAUGAGAUUUCAAUUAUCGAAUAAUGUUUUCAAUAUGUAGUCAAUGCCAAGUUUUAGUAUGCCUCAACCUACUGGACUCAACAAUUUUGCAUUAGGAGAGCAACCAUUUAGUUGCCUCAAGCUACUGGUUUCAAUAAUUUUGCAGCAGAACCACUGGUAGCUUAUCUCUUCCAUUUUUUUUAGUUUCACCUACUUUUGUGUAUAUUAUGUCUAAUAAAUAUUGAAUGUUCUGACAGCGCGGGUCAGUUCCAAACCUUUCCUACAUGAAUAUGAUGUCAAAUACUAGUCCAAGUCCAAUGGGUCUUCUUAGUCAGGUUCAUGAUUUACCCUGCAAAAUAUGUCCAAAACUGUGUUUAACAACUUAUCAUGGCUGAUUAUUUACUUAUCACAAUUACAGAAUGCUUUGCCUCAAUCAUACCCAGAAAAAUCAAUGUGGCCAUUCUUAUAUGCAAAUCAGGUUCAUCCUUUAAUUAAGAAAAAUAUAAUGAUUUU